AUGAAUCUGUUCACUGCCAGUUAUUCCCUUCAAGAGCUGAGGUCAGUGGCUACUCAGUGUUUACCCCUCACACCCAACUAUGUGGCCCGAGAAAUUUGGAGCGGCUGCCUGCCUUUCUCCCUCCUGUGCUCCUCCAUACCCAUCUCUUGCGCCUUCACUACGGUCAGGUACUCGAAGUCACUGUUCGAGGAGAUCUGGACACGCUCAUCCUUCACAGCCACCAUGGUUCACAGCAGAAGCAGUAUCUGCAGAGUCCUGCUUGUGCUGCUCCUUUGUCUCUUGGUAACCUUUGUACACACAGAGACCAUGGCAGACCCUGCCUCACCAACCAGGGACAACCAGGACACUCUGUCUGGAGAACCGCCCAGUGACGUCACCACCAAAGAAUCCUCCCACGACGUUACAGAGCAGACCUUCAUCUACAACUAUGAGGAUACUACACACCCCCAGGCCAUGGAUGAUGAAGAAGGGGUCCUGGGGCCAGGGGCCAUCACAGCCAUUGUUAUAGCAGUUUUCUUGGGAGCGUCCGUCCUCCUUGCCCUCAUCAUCAUCACGCUCAGGAAAUUCACUGCCUCCUAGAGUGAACACUUCCCAUCUUGUGUAUGCUGAAAGUUGUGGCAGGUCCCUUGACUGAGCACAGGUUUACUCCUGUCAACACACGCUGUCACACAACUUGUCCACUUGUUCCUGAAGACCUAAUGUUAGAAACUGGCUGGCUCUUCCAGUGGAAAUCGUAGCAUG